CACCGCGGGUGAACCUGCAGGAUAGCUCAAACUCUCACAGGAGCCUGAUCCAGAGCAUGGCCGCUGCUCGGUGCUCCUCUUUCCCUGCUCUCUGCGUGGUGGUAGUAGUAGUAGUGGUACUCAUCGGCGGUGGUGGCGCCGAGUCCGCCGCGGACCAAGAAGGCCUCAAAAUCCACCUUCACUUCUACUUCCAUGAGGUCAACGCCGGCACGCCCAACGCCACCGUCCUCAACGUCGCCAGCCUGCACAGGAACUCGUCGACGUUCGGGGACCUGAACGUGUUCGACAACGCGCUGCGGGCGGGGCCGGACCCAGCGUCGCGGCUCGUUGGCAGGGCGCAGGGCUUGGCGCUCCAUGCGUCGCUUGACGAGUCCGGCGGGCUCACGGCCAUCACCUUCGCCUUCUCCGACUACGGCGCGUACAGCGGCACCACGCUGGCGACGCUGGGCCACAUCGGGGUGUCUGGCCCGGCGGAGCGGAGCAUCGUGGGCGGCACGGGCAAGCUCCGGUUCGCGCGCGGGUACAUGGUCAGCAGCCUCCUCAGCUCCACGGACACCUCCAUCGUCGUCGUCUUCGACAUGUACUUCACCCUAGCCCGCUGACACGCACGCGCGGGGAACCAACGGAGUACAAGGUGUGUACUUUCGAAGCAAGCUGUUCGAGAGUUGCUGUCAUGUGUGCCCCCAUAAAAAGAGAGUUGCUGUCAUAGUACUACAAUCAUCGCAUAGAUUAUUACUCAUAUUUUAUUUUCUAGUAGUAUAUCUUUCCCUACUAAUAAAGCGGCUAUCGCUUCUGCCCGUC